AAAACAGGCGGAGAGUAACGGGAACUGUCGCACACGGCAGCGUGCGGAACCCUUGAUGGGCGGCAGUGCUGGCGAAUCAGAGGCCGCGGCGGAAAGCCGAGAGUUCAGAGCGAGAGAGCUGGCUUUCAUCCCUCUAACCUGAUGUGGCUCUUUGGGAGACAAGAUUGUCGGUCUGUGUGCGACCGCUCAUGACAGAAAAAAAUGAUCUUAAAAACGUUCUAUACGGAAAUAUUCGUGAGGAUUUAAGGCUUGCUUUUCUCCGUCCUAAGCCUAGAUAUCGUCGACCUCAUUCAGGAUGGAAUUUUCCCAAAUAAUGGUUCUGCUGCUCUUCUUGGCUCCUGCUGCUCCUCCUGCUGCCAGUCAGCAUGACUUUUGCUGUGGAAAGAUUGUACCGGAGUCUCCAGUUAUUGAACUGAACACGAACUUCACAGCCACAUGUGUCCUCUCUGAAUCUGGCAUGCUCAAAACCCAGGCCACAGCGGAUGAUGUGUUCUGGAGAUUUAAAAAUUACAACAUUCCUCGAGAUCAUUAUACCAAAAUAAACAACUCAGCUGUCAGCAUCACUGUGAAUGUUACCAGGGAGCUGGAGAAACCUUUAACAUGCAAUGUGUUGUCACAUGGACAGAUUGAACAAGUUGUCUAUGGAAUUUUUUUUGAAACUGGAUAUCCUCCUGAAAAACCCCAGAAUCUGACCUGUCAAGUGUUGCAGUCUGGAGGUUCUCUUUCUCCUCUCAUGCAGUGUUCCUGGGAUCCUGGGAACAGAGACCCGAUUUUGGUCACCAGUUAUACUCUAGUUGCUAAGAAAUUUUCAAGUAAGUACAGUAGUCAGUCUACACAGAACCAUGGUGAACUGGACUUCAAGGUCAUGCCAGUUUUCACUUACGUGUCCAUAUGGGUAGAGGUGGAGAACAGACUUGGCAAGGUUGAAUCAGACAAACUACGUCAGGAUCCAUUGGAUAUUGUGAAACCACAACCUCUUCAGAAUAUAAAAAUCACUUCUGAAGAGGCAUUUCCUAACACAUUGUUAGUUGAGUGGAGCCAGCCUUUUCCCCCUGAGUACAUGAAAAUGAUGUACAACGUUCGAUAUUGUCCUAUUGGAUCUGAUAUCUGGUCUGAGGUUCCCUUGGAUGAUACUAACAGUAACAUGGAGUCUUUCCGACUUCAAGCCCUUAAACCUUUCACUGAAUAUGCUGUUCAGGUGAGGUGUAGAAAAGAAGAUGGCAGGGGUUACUGGAGUGACUGGAGUCCAAACGUCACGGCUAUGACUGCAGAAGCUGCACCCUCUGUAAAGCCUGAUCUGUGGAGAGUUGUCCUUCCUGGUGAUGAGACAAACCAGAGGGAUGUGCUGCUGAUGUGGAAGGAACCUCCUGAUAUUAAUGGCAAAAUCAUAGGAUAUGAAGUAAAAUUAAUAAGAGGAAGAGACGUUGAAUCCAGAAGCUUUCAGAUUAAUGGGACAAAUAAAAUGAUUUCGUUGCAAAAAGAUCAAGACUGGACUGUAGAGGUUUCUGUAGUUAAUUCAGAAGGGAAAUCGCCUAAAGCAUCUCUGGUCAUUCCAAGAGCCAAUCAACGUGAGCUCCCAGGUGUGGAAGAUGUGGGAUGUUCUUCCCAGCACGGGAGGCUGCAGGUCACGUGGAAGCCGCCCCCCAGGGUUACCCUAGGCAGAGUAGCCGAGUAUGUGAUCGAGGUGGAGUGCAUGAGCACCAAGACCGUGAGCUGGCAGCGAGAGAACUCCUUCACCAACCAGGCGUUUGUGACAGGAGAUCUUCAGCCUCUCAAACGCUACCACAUAUCUGUGUUUCCAAUGUAUGGGAACAUUGCAGGAACAGCCCGCUCAGUAGAAGCAUAUCUUAAACAAGGACCUCCUUCUGUGGGUCCUUCCGUCUUUGCAAAGAAAAGAGGAAAAAAUGAAGUUGAACUGCAGUGGGAAAGGAUACCGCUGGAAAGUCAGAAUGGAUUCAUCACCAAUUACACCAUAUUCUAUAAAUCUGAAGGCAGGUUUGAAAAAUCAAUUGUAGUGAGUCCCGAAACCCACAUGUACACAAUAAGGUCUCUGGCUAGUAACAGCAUGUAUGUGGUACAUGUUAUGGUAUCUACUGAAGCAGGCUCCAGAAAUGGCACAGACUUCACGUUUACCACUAUGAAGUAUGCACCUGGAGACAUCGAAGCUGUUGUGGUACCCAUUUGCAUUGGCUUCCUGUUUCUGACUGUGCUGAUUGUGCUCUUGUGCAUUAAUAAGAAGGAAACGAUCAAGAAACAUAUUUGGCCUCAGGUGCCUGAUCCCUCUAACAGUACUAUUGGAAACUGGUCUCCAGAUUCUCCAACACAGCAUAACCCACCAAAAGAACAGAUGUGCCCAGAAGGCAGCUUGAUAGACGUCAGUGUGGUGGAAAUAGACGCAUAUGAUAAGAAGUCUAUGGGCGAGGAGGACAAGACCUCGCUGUCGCUGCGGAAGGGGAAGUACCUGUCAGAAGAGCACAGCAGCGGGAUUGGGGGCUCGUCCUGCAUGUCCUCCCCGCGGCAGAGUGUCUCUGACAGUGACGAGGGGGACUCGGGGCAGACCAUCUCCAGCGCAGUGCAGUACUCCACCGUGGUGGCCAGUGGGUACAAGGGUCAGGUGCCCGCUGCCCCAGUCUUUGCCAGGUCCGAGUCCACCCAGCCCCUUCUCGACUCUGAGGAGCGGCCAGACGACCAGCACUUCUACGGGAACUUGAGAGAAGGGGAAGGCGAGCGACUGCCAACCACUGCCAGCCAGGCCGAGGGGUAUCCCACCAGGCCGUAUUUCAAAAGGGCCAGAACGGUCAAUGACACACGGCCUGUGAAACUGAAUCAGAUUGAGAUCGCAGGCAACAGUCCUGGCCCUUUAGGGUUUUGCCCAGCCGAAGAGGGAAAUAGGCUGGAGCAGCCUGGCGAAGAUUCUUCGCCACUGCCCAAGGACAGGUCCUGUGAUGCAGUAAAAGGUUUUACUACGAAAGUAGAAAACAGUGUACCAAAGAGCUACAUGCCACAGCAGAAUGGUUACAGACCUCAGUGAAGAAUACUGACCCCUACAACCUAAACUUGAGGACCUGAUUCGCAGUGCAGCAAAGAGCUACAGAAUGGUUGCAGAUCUCACUGAAGAACACUGAUCCCACAAAACCUUAAGGGCUUGACUUUUUUUUAGUCACUUCCAUGGUGCCUGUGUUUAAAAGAAAAACUAUACAUUUUACCCAAACUACAGUAUAAUCCUACAUGUGGACUGUGUAGCAAAAUCUACUGAAUUCUUUCUUCUAGGAGUUCAGUUUAAAAUUUCAUGGUGAUUGUUGUCCUUGUUGAGUGUGUCAGUGGUGAACAACCAGGUUUAUUUUCAAGAGUGAAAUGUUUUUUUCUAGGCAAUGCUGCUGUACCCAAGUAGCCCAGUUGGUUAGGGCAAGGUCAUUGAAACUUUUAUUUCUGAUUUUUUUUUAUUUUCUAUGAAUGUAAUAUCUCUCACAGUGCACAAACAAAAUUAUUUGCACUAUUCAAGAAAUUGCAUAGCAAAGGUAAUACCCCAUACUCUUCAAAGAAAAGCAAAGAAGACCUGGAUUUAUAAAUAAGGAGGUACUUUCCUAAUUAGCCUUAAUGUUGUAAAAUCAUCGUUCUAUAAAACGGGAUUUAGUUUGAAGGAUUUAGUUGAAGGAUUGGAUAACCAGCUGAUGAUUCUGUGUUUGGUACAUUAGUUAAUACUGUUAUGACUGUUAAAUGCAUUUCACUUUUUAAUUUAAAACAAGAGUUUUGCUCAUUGUAGUUAAGAAUUAACCUUUUAUUUAAAACAGUAUUUUCAAGACUGACAGAAAAUAAAUUAGUAAAAUGUCCAUUUAAGAUAUACCUGACUAAACAAUAAUGUACUUUUGAUAUGUUUUUAAUUGGCCACUAUAUAAAAAUCCCACAUUGUACAAGCAUAUACUGUUAAAGUAUUUUUUAAUUUACUGUAUGAGCAAUUUGACAUCAUGGAUCAAUGUUUGCAUAAUGCUUGGGACAAUUUCAGAUUUGUGGUUAUAAUAUUCUGGUUUCCACAUCGUCUAAAUAGAAACUUGUAAAACUUAAAUGUAACUAAAAUGUUAAAGAUCAAUCUUGACACAAAAAUGUUUUAAGCAAGUGUCUAAAAACCAGAUGUUCUGCAAAAAGUGUGAGAUCUUUGAGAUGUGUACAAUAUACUGUAUUUUAAAUUACAUCAUUUGGCUAAAACUGACUAAAACAGUUCAACUGAAUAAUUUGUACAUUUGUAGAUUGACAGCUUUGGUUACCUCAGAAAUACUGAAACGUUUUCCAUCAAUAUUAUGUACCGUCAACUUUAAAAACAAAGUGAUUUGCAUUGUGUAAGCCUUAACCAGGAUGAAAGAUGUCAAGCUGUGUUAUUCACAAAGGUGAUGUGGGAGGUAAAGAGAGUAUCUGAAGUGCAAUACAAAAAUCAUUUUUGUGCAGAACUUUUGUUAGCAAUGUUUGCCUUAGUAAAUCUAUACCAGUCAAAGGGAGAAAAUUAGCCUACAGUGCCACGUGUUUUGACUACGAUGUAUCUCUGCAAGUCCAGUAGGUCUGUAUUCAUGCAAACUGUGUCGCUGUGUAAGGAAACCGUUCCCUUAAUCAUUUCUAAUGUCUGGAUUCUUAGUGCAUCUCACACUUGGGGACCUGACAUUUACUUCCUGUGGAUUUUUACAUUAGCCUUAUACGUAUUGGUGUAAGAUAAACAAGAAAGGAUCGACUUAUCACAGUAUACUAGUACAGCUCUUGAGAAUUAAGAACUGUGAAUGUCAGUAAUCAUAGAUGCCUUUCUGAUAGGUCGUUUCUAUAGCAUUGUAUCCUGUAUUAGAUAAUGAUUCAUAUAGUAAGCUAUUAUGACAACAUUGUUUGUCUGUUUUUACAUUUUUAUUGUAGUUUGUCCAUUUUCAGGUUGUCUUUUCUGUUUUAAAAAACACUAAUUUUACUGCUUUAACCAAAAAUAUCUGAUGAUAUAAUUGUUAAUCAUUAAGUAUUUUGUAGCUUUUGUUCUACUGGGUGUGUUGCAGUAUUAUACACACCUAGUGCAUGUCUAAAAUACAUCUGAAGUAUUUUUAUGAAGCUCAUCGACUAUGUAAAAUAAAGGGUACAAAUAUA